GGGAAGAGACUCAGAACAGCAGCGAGCAGAGCAGGAUAUCGCUGUAGCACAGACCGGGAGAGGGGAAAAGACCCGUGCAGCGCACAGAUUUGUCUGUGAGAUCUGCUGCUUUCACAACGCAGUGACCGCGUGUUUGCCCCCUCUCUGUGUCUGUGAUGAAGCUGGUGUCAGCUACAUCUUGCUCUGGAGGAUGCUGACCAAGACGAUGGUUGAGUCUGUGAGCCAGGCGAGCUGGGAGGAAGUCAAUAACACCUCGAUCAACGGCUUGACCAUGUCUUUAAACAUCAAGUCUAGCCAGGUAGUGACCUCAGCUAGUAUGUUCACCAUCGGGGUGGUGGGCAAUCUCAUUGCCAUCGUGGUGCUGUGUGUCUCCAAGAAAGAGCAGAAAGAGACCACUUUCUACACGUUGGUGUGCGGGCUGGCAGUGACUGAUUUACUGGGCACCUGCUGUACCAGCCCGGUGGUGAUAGCCACCUACCUAACCCAGCAAUGGCCAGGCGGGCAGCCGCUCUGCCACUUCUUCUCCUUCUCCAUGCUGUUCUUCGGCUCGGCUGGCAUGACCAUCCUGUGCACCAUGUCCAUCGAGCGCUACCUGGCCAUCAACCACGCCUUCUUCUACAGCCAAUACAUCGACAAGGCUCUGGCCAGGCUGACCCUGCUGGGAGUCUACCUGCUCAACCUGGUCUUCUGCAUCCUGCCUUCCUUCGGCUUGGGCAGCAACGUCCGGCACUUCCCCGGGACCUGGUGCUUCCUGGACUGGAGAUCGAACAGCACAGUAUCCGCCUCCUACACCUACAUCUACGGAGGCUUCAGCGCCUUCCUGAUCCUGGUGACUGUCCUGUGUAACCUGUCGGUCUGUGUCACCCUCAUCAGCAUGAGGAAGAAAGCCAUGGGGAGGAGGGACGCUGCUGCUACCGGAGGCUCCAGGGGUCGCCGCUUCCCCAAUCUGGCCGAUUCCGCCGCCGAGAUGCAAAUGUUCUGGCUCCUGGUUCUUAUGACCAUCGUCUUCCUGGUGUGCUCCAUCCCUCUGGUG